AAAACAAACAAUAUUUUACUAUUUUGACAGCAUAAACACUUUACCUUAUAAUACUUUCUUCAGUUACUUAUUCUAUAUGUGUAAGUAACUAAUAGGAAGAAAACCUUUGUCUGUCCCAAAAAUAUACUCUAACUUUUUAUCCAUUUAAGGUGUCAAAGAAUCAACAACUCAACAAUUUCCUCAAACCUACCAAAUAAAGGUUUAAGAAAUCAUCUUCAAAAUGGAAAGACAAAGCAAAGAAAGUACUCCUCCAAGUCCUAGCACACCAUUACAAUAUCAACAUGAAAAGAAGAAAGAACAAUCUAUUGAUCAUGAAGAAGAAGAGAUCACAAAGGUAGAUAAUUUAUUAUUUGAUCUAAAUGAAUCUACCAAUGAAGAUUCUAUUCUUGUUUGUAAUAAUCAAGAAAAAGAACUCAAUCUUAUAACUUCUUUAGAUGUUGGUAAUUCAUCAUUAGAAAACAAAAAUACUCUUGAGGUAGAACAAAGAGUUUUCUCUUGUAACUAUUGUCAUAGAAAGUUUUAUAGUUCACAAGCGUUAGGAGGACACCAGAAUGCUCAUAAAAGAGAGAGAUCCAUAGCGAAAAGAGGACAAAGAUUUGGAACACAAAUAAUAACUUCAUCUUCUUCUUUUGGUUUUGGUUUUCCUAUUAUGCAUAAUAAACAAACCUAUGCAAACAUGGCUUCUUUGCCUCUUUAUGGUGCUUUUGGUAAUAAACCUUUAGGAAUUCAAGCACACUCUAUGAUCCAUAAACCUUCUAAUGGAUUUGGAAACUCUUAUGGACAUCAUCAUCAUCAUCAUGGUUGGUCAAACUCAAGAACAUUUAUGGAUCAACAACCUGGAAUAGCGAAACUAGGCGCGGAAAAUUUUCAUCGAGCGACAACAUCGGCAGCGGCAUUAUCAUCAUCAAGAGGAGGUGUUGGUAGAUUUGAAGUGGUGGAUGCAAUGAUGAAUUCUACAGCUAAUAAAGAAAUGAAGCAAAAACAUAUUGAUUUAUCUCUCAAGCUAUGAAUAUUUGGUCAGUGUAGUUAAGAUUUUUGUGUGAAAUAGGAUUUGUGUAAAUUUGUUUUAUUAGGAGGAUUAUAAUCUCAUAUAGUUAUUUUCUUGUUUUUUGAAUUGAAAAUUGUUCAACUCCAUUGCGGAGUGAUUUAUUGAGUUGUAACUUUUAUGUUUGUUAUGUCUUUUUCUACAAGAGUUUUAAUUU